UUCCCAGGUAUAAAGAUGGCUUUGCCCCAGGCAAAGUCUGCAGCACUCUUAUUUCUCCUGCUGCUUCUGUGGAUUCCAGGCCCGGGGAUUUCCCAGAAAGAGCCCUGUCAGACCUGCCGGGAUCUUACCAGCAACUUCAAUAAGGGUCUGGAGCGGACACAGCGAGAGAACUUCGGGGGCGGGAACACAGCCUGGGAAGAAGAGAAGCUUGCAAAAUAUGCAAACAGUGAGACCCGCCUGCUGGAGGUGCUGGAGGGUGUGUGCACCACAUCGGACUUUGCCUGUCACCAGCUGCUGGAGAAGAGUGAGGAGCAUAUCGAGCGCUGGUGGUUCCAUGAGUGAGUGGCAGCGUG